UUGUCUAUUUUUCAUUCAAUUCAUAUUUGGGAGGGACUCGUUCAGCUUGACCCUGGCCCAAACCCUCCGCCCCUCCCAAGCCACCCGCCCAGUCUCUCUUCUUCCCGAACCGCCGCUAUGCUUCUUCCCACCACUCUCAGAGCUGUUCGCCGAGUCUACCGUCUCUCACCUUCCCUCCCUUCUCUCUCUAACCAUCUCUCUCCCUCUCUCUCUACACCCGCCACCCAUCUCUCUCCCGCUCUCUACACCACCUCCACAACCUCUCUUCUCAACCCAACUUCCCGCAUUCUCACUCCUCGCAUUUACCCACCACCCACAUUCGAAAAGGUUGAGAGAGAAGCAAAGGAAGUUGAAGAGACUGACGAAGAGGCAGAUGGGUUUCAGUUUACAGAUGCUUAUGCUGCCAUUCAUCUGGCGAUUGAUGCUGUGGUAAAGGUUUUCACAGUUUCCAGUAGCCCCAAUUACUUCCUUCCAUGGCAGAACAAGUCUCAGAGAGAAACCAUGGGAUCAGGAUUUGUUAUCCCUGGACGACGAAUUCUGACCAAUGCACACGUAGUAGCGGAUCAUACAUUUGUUCGUGUCAGGAAGCAUGGUUCUCCUGCUAAGUAUAGAGCUGAAGUUCAAGCAGUCGGACAUGAAUGUGAUCUCGCACUUAUUGUUGUUGAAAGUGAAGAAUUUUGGGAGGGAAUGCACUUUCUUGAGCUUGGGGACAUUCCAUUCCUACAGGAAUCUGUCGCUGUUGUUGGGUACCCUCAAGGUGGUGACAGUAUUUCAGUGACAAAGGGGGUUGUUUCUAGAGUUGAGCCAACACAAUAUGCUCAUGGUGCCACACAACUCAUGGCUAUACAAAUUGAUGCAGCCAUUAACCCAGGAAAUAGUGGUGGUCCUGCAAUUAUGGGUGACAAGGUUGCGGGAGUCGCUUUUCAAAACCUUUCAGGUGCGGAAAAUAUUGGGUACAUAAUUCCAGUUCCUGUAAUAAAACAUUUUCUAUCGGAUGUGGAUGAAAGUGGAAAGUAUGUAGGGUUUUGUUCAUUGGGCCUGUCAUGCCAACCUUCAGAAAAUGCACAAUUGCGAGAGCAUUUCCACAUGCACCCUGAGAUGACUGGGGUGCUCGUGAGCAAGAUAAAUCCUAUUUCAGAUGCCCAUAGAGUUCUCAAGAAAGAUGACAUAAUUCUCGCAUUUGAUGGUGUCCCAAUAGCAAAUGAUGGAACUGUGCCUUUCCGGAAUAGAGAGCGGAUAACAUUUGAUCAUUUGGUCUCCAUGAAAAAAGCGAAUGAAACCGCAAAUAUAAGGGUGUUAAGAGAUGGUCAAGAGCUUGAACUCAGUGUUGUAGUUCAUCCUUUAAAAGCAUUAGUUCCAGUUCAUGAGUACGAGAAGUUGCCCAGCUACUAUAUAUUUGCUGGCUUGGUCUUUGUUCCAUUGACCCAGCCUUAUCUUCAUGAGUAUGGCGAAGACUGGUAUAAUACAUCUCCUCGCCGUUUGUGUGAGCGUGCAUUGCGAGAAUUGCCCGAAAAGGUUGGCGAACAGCUUGUAAUCCUCUCUCAGGUUUUGAUGGAUGAAAUCAAUGUGGGUUACGAGCGGCUUGCAGAGCUACAGGUGAAAAAGGUAAAUGGUGUGGAGAUCGAUAAUCUAAAGCAUCUGUGUGAGCUUGUUGAAGACUGUAAAGAGGAGAGCCUACGGUUCGAUCUUGACGAUGAAAGGGUCGUGGUUUUGAAUUAUAAUAAGGCCAAGCUCGCCACCUCUCGCAUACUCAAGCGCCACCGGAUACCUUCAGCCAUGUCCACCGACCUUCUUGACUCCGGAGUGAUCAAAGAAGAGCAAGAAGCUGCUGAGGCCUGAUGCAAUAAGUCGUUCCUCUCUCUCUCUCUCUCUCUCUCAGCAUGAGCCCAAGAGAAAGAAGCUUCAAAUGUAUGCUCACUCUGAUAUCAGAGUGGCCAUAAUCAUAAAGGUUCUUCACCACCACCGUCUUCUCUCUCUCUCUCUCUAUUGUACCAGUAUCAUCGAUGUUCAAUUAAAUUUUAUUAAAAUUUCUAUUUUUGACCUGGGUGAUGUGGUCCUUGAAAAUCUAACACAGUGAUGAAUUAAUGUAUCUAAAUUUAUUAACAUACUUGAAAUAACUGAUUUUAUUGACUUUGUAUAGCCUAGAAACCGCAUUUCAAUAUGAUCUUUUUUCGCCGGGGCGAUAAA